AUGGGCAGAUUUUCUGAAAGUUUGAGAGGUCUAAUGCGACUAAGCUGGAUUUUAACUCUCAUUCUGCUGUGGUGGGGGAGCUGCUAUGGAGCCGAAGCCCGGCGAGCCAAGAGGAGUAUUCGGGAGUUCGGUACCAUGAUCAAGCUGCUAACCGGAAGGAGCGGGCUGGAUUUUAACGGGUACGGGAACUACUGCGGGAUGGGAGGACAUGGCGUACCUCUUGACCCUAUCGACGAAUGCUGCAUGCAUCAUGACCGCUGUUACGACCAGGUGAACAUGCAUGACUGUCUCAUGGAGCCGUCCUUCGUGAGGAUGAAACCAUAUACUGCCCGGUAUAGAUGGUUCAUGGAGAACGGUCACUUCCAAUGUUUGGACAUCGACAUUUGUAAACGACGAUCUUGUUUGUGCGAUUCUAUGGCAGCUCGGUGCUUUGCCAUGAAUGCAGGUUUCUAUGACGGCCGCAAACGAUCAGUCCUCGGUAGAAUGUUCAGUUCGCUACUCGGAUGA